AUGGAGUGCAGAUGGCUAAGAUUAAAGUCUCUUCAUCAGCAAAUAUUGUCAGGGAGCCCUCUCAAUACAUCAACUGAUGAAUCAAAACAACUGACUCUAGAAUUAAAAGUGCUCUUAGGCUUGGAAAUUGGACAGUGUGAGAAAUUCCCUUCAAGAUGCCUGCAUUGUCAUCAGUUACUGGCUCUGACUGUCCUUAAAAUGAUGUUUGAAAUCCCAAGUGGAUGUGGAAGUGGCUGUAGUCAGUUUUUCACAGCUUUGGAACCAGUCUUGAUGAAGAAUAUGUUCAGUAAAGAUGAGUUCAUAAGAUAUUCAACUCAAAAAUUUCUAGUGGUUGUAAUAAAAUCAGAUAACGUAUCAGACACCGACAAAUCCCGAAUUUUGAAUGCACUCUGUGAAAAGUUAAAAAUACCAGAUUCACCGAAAGAAAUGAAGAUAAUCUUACAACUAUUCAGUCAAGUUAUGUCAAGAAAAAAUGGAGAAAUGGUUAACAAAGUAGCGUUUGAAAUUCUUCAGAAAAAUCUUCCUGGAAUUUUUAUGUAG